UUCUGUUGUUCGGUCUCUCUGUUCGUGUUGGUUGGCUUGUAAGAGUUGUAUUUCUGACGCUAGAGAGGCGCCCACUGGUGGAUCCCUUCCAAUCGGACAACGACUCGAAAUCUACGCAAAAUUCUUCGUACAACUGUCGCCGUGUCGUCGGAGGCCGCGGUUUGACCCACCGCCCACCUGCAAAACGCCCAUUGUAUUCCAACUGCGGCCAUUUAAUUCAUUCAUACGCAUUCCUCAAAUCAAUUCAGGACGGGCGCUGAGGCAUGGCACCCGCCCAGCUGGUCACCUGGGUACUGCUGGCGACAUGCCUCGGCGGGCUGCAUGUCGCCGCCGCGCGCAGCAAGCCCCUCCGCGAGCUGCUGCACUCCCAGACGGACACUUGGACUGGCACUGCAAUAGUUAUCAGCAAGGACAUGCUGGGAGAGCCGGAUGAGAGGCUGCUCACGCUGCGCACGGACCAGGGCAGGCACAUGCACGUACUGGCCAAUACCAGCCAGGCGGCAGGCAUCCUGUCGGGUAUGCGCAUCCAGGUGACAGGGCGCUGGCGGCAGGCACGUGCCGUCGCCUCCAGCAUCGACGAAGCGGCUGACGACCGCAGCGGCGGCGCAGCAGGAGGGGCAGAGGCAGCAGCAGGGCAGCCCGCCGGCAGCUUCCAGGUGCACGCCAUCACCGCCCACUGGCCCGACUCUCGCCCCAUGCCGCUGCAAUCGAUCAGCGCCGAGCCAGGCAAUGCUGUGGUGGCAGCCGCCACUGCCGGCACCGUGAGCCCAGCGGCUGCUGCCACCCUGAGCACCAAUGGGCUGGUUGCUGCGGAGCUUUCGGUCCUAGUGAUCCCCAUCGUGGCUGCCACCAGCGACGGCCAGGCCUGCCCCGGCACGCAGCUGCCCAGCCUGAGCGCGGAGCAGGUGCGGCGGGUGGUGCUGGAGGAGAGCAACCCGGGCGGCGCCACGGUCGGCUCAACCUACCGCCAGUGCAGCCACGGCAAGACGCGGCUGACGGCCGCCAACAGCCUCGUGGCCGACCCGGUGCGCCUGCCCUGCAACGGCACUAGCUUUGGCGUGCCCUGGACCUUCUCCAAGUGUGACUUUGACGACUUCAACGGCUGGGCGGACGCGGCCAACGAGGCGGUACAGCGCCAGCUGGCGGCGGCGGGCACGUCGCUGGGCAGCUACCCGGCCUGGGUGGGGGGCUCCUACUGGGGCUCUCCGCAGGUCAUCACGCACGAACUGGGCCACAACCUGUUCAUGGGGCAUGCCGGGGCGGGCGGCGGCGGCAGCAGUGGCGGCGGCGGCGGCGACGGCGCCAGCUGGUUUGAUGCGUAUGGCGAUGACACAGACGCCAUGGGCUACUGCUGCACCGACCGCUGCUUCAACACGCCCCACGCCUGGCAGGCGGGCUGGCUGAGCGUGCGGCAGCUGGAUGGUGCCAGCCUGGCGCCCGGCUACCCGCUGGCCCUGGCGCUGCCCAGUCGGGGGCUGUCGGCGCAGGGCGGGGUGAGGAUUGUGCCCAGCUGGGCCCCCGGGGUGGAGCCCCUGUUCCUGGGCUACAGGACGGCGACGGGGAUCGACACAAACCUGGGCAGCCUGGCCGGCAGGGUGCACUGCUACAGCGCCGCCAUCCAGCACACCUACGACGCCGCGCCCACCACCUGGCUGGCCUCCCUGGGGGCAGCCAACCAGUCGUGGACGCACCCCGCCCCCAGCGCCGGCCUGGUGGUGCGCGUCACCAGCUUGUCACGCGACAGCGCCGCAGUCACGGUGUGCCGCCGGGCGGGCAAGGAGACGGCGGCCUCGUGUGCGGCUGGCCUGGACUCAGAUUGCAACGGGCUGCAGCUGGCUGCCUCGGACAGCGCCAUGUCGGCCGCCGCCGGCUCCCAGCGGUGCGCCGGCGCCGAGUGCGGCUCGCUGCGGCAGGCCGUGCUGGGCUCUGCCGCUGCAAGUGCCGAGACCUGCAGCGCUGGCACUGCCGCCCGCACAGCCAGGCUCUCGCUGCUGUCCUGGCUGCACAGCCUGCUGCGCUUGGCGGGCUGCUCGUGCAGCGGCGGCGGCGUGGCCUGGCGGUGCAGUGGCUGGGGCGCCGCGGGGCGGGCCGACGCCGAGGGCGCUGGUGCGCUGGUGGCUGCCGAGGGGGCGGAGGUGGCCAUGCGCCAGUUCACCGCCACGCUGCCCAUGUAG